AUGCAUACUCGGCCAAACACUCCGCCGCAGCUUACUACCCCUCUGACUGCCGCCCUCCCCGAAUCGACGAGACCCCUUGCAGGCCAGUCUAGUGGAAAGCGGACUCUGACGGAAGUGAUGGAGCAUGAUAUGGCGUGCAAGAAGCAGAAAUGCAAGGAACACGACUCGUUGAGCACAUCGACUCGUAAUGCGCCGCAGGGCACUAGUUCUAGGUUCUUCGCUGGACCAUCUUCGCCCAAACCGGGCAAAGGUUUACAACGCCAUAUUACGCAUGAUCCUUUGGGUACAGAGUCCGUCGCCGGACCGUCCGGCUCAUCGCAACUGGGCAAGAACAAAGAGAAUAUUCCCUGUCUGCCAUCCGAGGACGAGGGCGAGGAGAGCGAGACAUCGAUGGAGGAAGCUGCGGACCCUGUUACGCAGGAAGACGGCUACAUGUCACCAUCUCCUUCCUUCGCGAGGUGGGACUCGCCCGAGCUAUCGUCGCCCGUGCGGCCGCGAACCCGCCGCGCAGUUCCUUCGGAACCGACACAAGACCUGGAUGAAUGCAAGAACAACUUCGACGAGUUCGAUGCAGAGGUGCUUUCCAGCCCUGGCGAGGCGGCCCAAAAGCGACAUCGCGCAAGGGGCGUCGGCAGAGUAAGCGCAUCCCCAUCUUCAUUUCACUCAGCCGGGAAUGUUCUCGUGCACGGCACCCCUACGCCCAGUAAGAAGACGCGCAGGCGUGCAGACAGCCCCGCCCGCCACGGGCCUGAUCUUCGCGAUAUCUUCGAGAACUGGAGCGAGGGCACGAGCGACAUCGAUGAAGAGGAUUAUGAAGACUCGAUGGGGACGGUGGCGUCCUCGAGCGAACCGGUGACGCCUGAUAAUUCGAGUCAGCGUGUUGUCAGCGUGCCUGCAGACGACGGGCACGAUGAGGCGACCGAUGAUGAUAUCGAAGAGUCUAAGAGGCAAGCUUCAGCAACGAAGAAUGACCGAAUAGCAAACGGCUGGUGGGAACGUUGGGCAUGCGCAGGGGUGAUCACCAGAAACAAGCAAUCGGUAUGUUUAAGCGUUGUGCAUGUGUUUAGAGCGUGA